ACUCAACUCUUUCGACCAUGGCCGACGACCGCUCGAAGGUUAUUGUGUGCGACAAUGGAACCGGCUUUGUGAAGUGCGGUUUUGCGGGAGCCAACUUCCCGACGGCGAUCUUCCCGUGCAUGGUGGGGCGGCCGAUUCUCCGGUCUGAGGAGAAGGUGGGCAACGUGGAAAUCAAGGACAUCAUGGUGGGUGACGAGGCGUCCAAGGUCCGCUCGAUGCUCGACUGCAAGUACCCGCUCAACAACGGCAUCAUCCAGGACUGGGACGACAUGCUCCAUGUGUGGGACUACACGUUCUCGGAGAAGCUCGGGAUCGACCCGAAGGAGUGCAAGAUCAUGCUCACCGAGGCGCCGAUGAACCCGGCCCAGAACCGCAAGAAGAUGAUCGAGACCAUGUUUGAGCACUACCAGUUUGAGGGCGCGUACAUCUCGAUUCAGGCUGUGCUCACGCUCUACGCACAGGGCCUUUCCACCGGUGUUGUCGUCGACUCGGGCGACGGCGUGACCCACAUCAUUCCGGUCUACGACGGCUUUGCACUCCCGCACCUCACCCGGCGCCUGGACGUGGCCGGGCGCGACAUUACCCGCUACCUCAUCAAGCUCAUGCUGCUCCGCGGCUACGCAUUCAACCGCACGGCCGACUUUGAGACGGUCCAGAACAUCAAGGAGGAGCUCUGCUACGUCGGCUACGACCUGCCGCUCGAGCGCCAGCUGGCCCAUGACACCACCGUCCUCGUCCGCCCGUACACCCUCCCCGACGGUCGCGUCAUCAAGAUCGGCCGCGAGCGCUUCGAGGCCGCCGAGUGCCUCUUCAAGCCCGAGCUCAUCGACGUCGAGGCCCCGGGCGUCGCCGAGAUGCUCUUCAACACCAUCCAGGCUGCCGACAUCGACACCCGCCCCGAGUUCUACAAGCACAUUGUGCUCUCCGGUGGUACCACCAUGUACCCGGGCCUGCCCUCGCGCAUGGAGCGCGAGAUCAAGCAGCUCUACCUCCAGCGCAUCCUCAAGGGCGAUACCGAGGCCCUCAAGCGCUUCAAGGUCCGCAUCGAGGACCCGCCGCGCCGCAAGCACAUGGUCUUCCUCGGCGGUGCUGUCCUUGCCGACAUCAUGAAGGACGCCCCCGACUUCUGGAUGACCAAGGCCGACUACGACGAGCAUGGCAUCGACUACGUGCUGAAGAAGUGCUUUUCGAUGGCGUAAAGGCUCUCCACACUCCCUCGCUCUUUCCCUCUGUGUUGCGUUUGCUAAGUCUCUGCCAAUUUAUGCCUUGCCUUCGAGCCGCGCCAAGUGGCGGAGCUUGAGAGCAAACGCCGCGCGCUGGGCCGUGUGGGUGUAGCUCUUGCCCUGUCCGACCGUCUGCCACCACGGCGGAAUAAAGUGCUCAAACAUGGUG